CAGAGCUGAUGGGGUCAUGCCCUCUCUCAUUUGUGCAACAAAGUCAACAGGGCCUGAGAGAAGAGUCAUGUUCUUGUGUUCCCCGCUGCUCUUCUAAGACUCCUUUGAGAGCGCUCUGAUUUUGCUUUCCCUCUUCUCUUUCUGGGAAAAAUCACCCCAAAAAAGUUCAUUAGAAAGGGGUGCUAGUGCAUAGGAUUGGGAAAGUUGGAGUCUUUGAUUGCAGAGAUAUAGAGAAAAAGUGAUUGAGAGAAGAGGUUGGUUGAUUGGAGUUUGGUGGAAUUUUGGGGCGUGGGCGGUGAUCAAAAUCGCAUCUUUCUUUUGAUGUGGGGGAUUUAGCUUCGCGGUUUGGGAUUGAUGGAGAGGUUAUGCUGCUUCAAGGUUGGGUAUUCCCAGUCUUCUUCCAGUGCUGGCAAAGGAAAGAGCUGUCAGGGCUCCAACAGGGUCACUUAUGGAUUCAGCCUUGUUAAAGGGAAGGCUAGUCAUCCAAUGGAGGAUUAUCAUGUUGCUAAGUUUGCUGUGCUAAAGGGACAUGAGCUUGGUUUGUUUGCCAUUUUUGAUGGCCAUUUGGGCGACAGCGUACCAUCAUACUUGCAGAAGCACCUAUUUGCAAACAUUUUGAAAGAGGAAGAAUUCUGGUCUCAUCCGGACAGAGCCAUUACAAAAGCAUACGACAAGACUGACAAGGCAAUUCUUUCCCACAGUCCAGAUUUGGGGCGAGGUGGAUCCACCGCUGUUACUGCUAUUCUCAUUGACGGAACAAAGUUGUGGGUAGCUAACAUUGGUGACUCACGAGCUGUUCUUGCAAAAGGUCGACAAGUGAUACAAAUGACAGUAGAUCAUGAACCAAGCACGGAACGUGGAAGUAUUGAGACAAGAGGAGGCUUUGUCUCAAACAUGCCAGGGGAUGUUCCAAGAGUAAAUGGUCAAUUAGCUGUUUCCAGAGCUUUCGGAGACAAGAGUCUCAAGUCGCACUUGCGGUCAGAUCCUGAUAUAUGCGCACAAGAUGUUGAUUCAGAGGCAGAGCUACUCAUCCUUGCAAGUGAUGGCCUGUGGAAGGUGGUGAACAAUGAAGAGGCAGUUGAUAUUGCAAGAAAAUGCAAGGAUGCCCAAACAGCAGCGAGACAGCUAACCACCGUCGCUGUGGAUAGAGACAGUAAAGAUGACAUUUCCUGCAUCGUCGUUCGAUUCAGGUCGUGAGGAUCUUGUGUAAUUCAUCUGAGAUGGUAGUGAAGAACUUCCCUUUCUGUUGGGGGAGCCAUUUAUGAUAUGCUAAGCUUUCAUUGAAGCUUGUUCUGCACAUGAAGCAGGCAAUAGAAUUAGAGAAAUACCCAAACAAGAAAGAUGGUUGUUUUAAGCCUGCAUCAUCACCUUUGUGUAAAUGCCGCCUUUCUUUCGUUCGCAAGCUUGGUAUUAUUAUUUGAUUCCUUAUUAUUAUCAUAGUAUUUAAUUAGCUAGAUAGAACAUUGCAUAAUGAUCGGAGAAUAUCUGUAAUUUUUAAUUUUAUUUUUAUUUUUUCCUUUCAGUCUUAUCAUUUUCUUGUGUUAGUACCCAGAUUAUAAUUGUGGGUGAGUUAUGGUUUUCAUCUGAAUGUCAAUCUUGUGAAGUUAUUAGUUCU